CUGACAUAUCACGGUUUAACUUUAAUUCUCGUGUCAACAUUAGUUUAUAGAGAGUCAUUUUUGAGUGAGUCUUCUUAACAUUUCUUUUAUCAUAUUACACGAAUCUUUUGUCAUCAUUGACCCAUUGUCAAAUUGUUGUAAAGCUUUUGCCUUUCUGCUUUCUGAGAUAAAUUUAGGUGCAACCAAUUGUAUAUCCUUCCUUAUCUAUCUCGCUCUUCACAUGACACAUGAGAUGUAUAACAUGAACAAGUUUAUACUCGGUUUAGAUUUUGCACACAAAAUGAGAGAAAUUUAGGUAUAACCGAACUUAUAUCCUCUUAUGUUUAGUAUCAUUUUGGUAUCUCUCUUCAUAUAAUAUAUCACAUGAGGAGAGAAACAGACAUAUUAUCAUGUAUAAUCAGUUUCAUAGAAUAUUUUAACGUAUAAAAGAGUGACCUUAAAGUUGGGAAUUGAGUGUCACAUCACUCUUUUUUCUGCUCAGUCGGCACCGCUGAUAAUUACUGCCCAUCUUAUUUUUUCCAUGUGGCCUGUUAAUGGUGAUUUUUGUGUGCAAAAGUAAUUAGACAUUGUUUUGCUUCUCAUGAUUUGUCAACGGAGGGUCCAAAUGGCAGUUUAAGAAUGUUGCUUAAAGGGUAACAUAACUAUAAUCCUGUCUUAAUUAUCUCCAAAGAUUGCCCACUUCAAACCUUGAAGUGCAAUCCAAGAAGAAGCACUAUUUAACUUUACCUAUAAAUGUUGCUUCUAAACAAACAUUGUAUUCCACCUGAAUGUACCAUGAAGUUGCCUGACUCUGUUGCUGCUUUCUUUCUGUUCCUACUGUGGACUUUCAUGUUAUUUGGACAGGGAAUGGCACAUACAGUUACAUUUUACAUACAGAAUAAGUGCCCCUUCCCCAUAUGGCCAGCGACUGCCCCCAACACCGGACAGUCUGUGAUAGCUGAUGGCGGCUUCUUCCUCCCCGCCGGACAUACUCAGCCCAUCACUGCCCCGUGGUCAUGGAGCGGUCGGAUUUGGGCCCGAACAGGAUGCGACUUUGUCUCCAACUGCGAGCCUGCUUGCGAAACAGGAGAUUGUGGCGGACGAUUAGCAUGCAAUGGACUAAUAGGCAAUCCACCGGUGACACUAGUGGAAGUUUCGCUUCAAGGCGACAAGGGCAAGCCAAAUUUCUACGCUGUGAGCGUGGUUGAUGGAUAUAAUCUUCCGGUUGCAAUCUCAUCAAGGCCGGUGGCAUCCAAUUGCGCUGUCAGAGGGUGUUUGAAAGAUUUGAAAACUUGGUGCCCCGAUGAGCUGAAGGUUUUAAACGACGAAGGGGAAGUUGUGGCGUGCAAAAGCGCUUGCUUAGCGUUUGAUACAGACUCAUUUUGUUGCCGGAAUAAGUAUGGAACCCCGGAAAAAUGCAAGCCGAGUGUGUACUCGAAGAUAUUCAAAGAUGCUUGCCCUUCGUAUUACAGCUAUGCUUAUGAUUCACCACCUCCAUUGGUGACCUGCAAGGCAAGUGAAUAUGUUAUCACAUUUUGUCCUGCAGGGUGGGGUGCUGCUGCGUAUACCUCUAUGUAGGUAAAAGGCUAGUUUUGCACUUCAUUUGUCGUAAUCCGGUUUUAUAUUUGAAUGAAGAGUAUUUUCAUUGUAAUAAGUAUCAAGUUUUAUUUGCUUUUAGUUCUCAUGGUUAUGUUUAUAUGUUACGUUUA